AUGUACAUGGAUUUCGUGGGAUGCGCAUGGGGAAUCAGGUACAUCGGAUACAUGAUGGCCUGCUUCCACGCAGCCAAUUCCAGCUGCUCCUUCCUCUCCGGCUGGCUGGUGAAAUACGUGGACCGGCUGUACAUCUUCAUCUUCGCAGGCCUCCUUCAUGCAUCCACGCUGCUCGCCAUGUUCUUCUGGCAUCCGACACCCGACCAUGCUUGGGCGUUCUUCGUCGUCGCCGGUGCUUGGGGCAUCUGCGAUGCCGUCUGGCAGGCUCAGGUCAACGGUCUUUUAGGUGUCCUGUCCGAAGGAAAAGAAGAAGCAGCCUUCAGUGCCUACAAAGUGACGGAGAGCGUCGGCUUCGUCCUCGCCUACUUCAUCAGCAGCCGACUCUGCACGGUUUACAAACUCGGGAUCCUCAUGGCCCUUCUUCUGUCCGGGGUGACGGCAUACUUCGUCUUGGAAUUUCUCCUGAGGAAGAAACGCGUCUCGACUCGCGAUCGCCGCUCAGAGAAAAGCUAG